AUGGCGAAACCAGCUUCUCCCUACCACCGCAAGGACUCGGGCAUUGAACUAGACGAUAGAUACGAGAAGGCCUCAUUCCUCACCCUUCCAGCCGAGAUACGCACGCAGAUCUGGUGCCUCGUCUUCAACCCAAAGCAAAGCUACAAAGACGUCUUCUCAUGUCCGAGAUGCACCGACGAUGCACCCUCAGCUCUCCAAGAAGAUUACUGGGCAUCGACGUACCUCCAACCCUUACUCACCUGCCGUCAAUUCUACCAAGAUGCCCAUCUCCUCGCUUUCUCGCGAACGACGUUCGUGAUCCGAAAUCCGUACACCGUGCUCGAUAUCGCAGGUCGAAUCAACUCCACCCUUCGUCCUGACCAAAUCUCCUCGCUUCGCAGUAUAGCCAUCGUCUCCGAAGCACGCCAUUUCCGCCAGAUGCACCAUUGGAAGACGCAUGCUUUUGGGAUACCUGCUCUGCAGCUCGAAGAUAUGACAAUCAUCCUUCAUCGUUCCUCAUACUGGCACUACCUUUUCGACUUCAACGUUAUGAUGACACAGAUGUUGAGAGACUUUAGCGGUGUCAAGAAGAUCUGCUUCGUGAGGAAUCAUGCAAGAGUGAAGCCACAUUUUCAUACUUGGUUCAAUAGGUUCGUGGGGGCGAUGAUGAGGUUGGAUAGAGUGGAGAGAUUUGGUCGAAAAGAAUGUCGAGUGGAAAAGACUUGGUGGAAUUGGACGUAUCAAGGAAACAAGCAAACUGCGACGCUGAUCAGGGUGCCGAGUAAGGAUGUUGGAAUGGAUAUUGAGUCGUAUGAUGAGUUGAUGGCGCCGAUGAUGGAGUGGUUGAAGAAGAGUAUGGAGAUCGAAGAGUAUGAUCCGGAUCCGAUGUCGAGGCUUGGGUUUGUAUGA